AUGGCAAAUAAAACAGGCAGUGCUAGCAAAUCAGGCAAUGGAAGUCGGUCUAAUCGCAAAGGAAAGUCAAUCGAUGAAACUGCAGAAACUCGUGAAGGAAAUGGACGUCGCUUUAAUCGCAAGGAUAAGUCAACUGGUGAAGCGGUAGCAAAUCGUGAAGGAAAGGUACGUUUAGUAACAUGA